GUUCAUUCAUUAGCUAUGCAGGGCUAGCGCAUCCAGAACGUCUGGAAUCUCCACCGUGUUGAAAAAUGUGCACAUGUUCGUUUCUACCGUACACAUUGAGGAAGAAUUAAUAAUAUACCAGCUUAAAUAAUUCAUCCGGAAGAUAGCUUUGCUGAUAAUAAUUAAAAAAAACGAAUAUUAUCGUCGGAGUUUGAAAGCUGUGCAACAUAAAUUGCCAAUGACAUUUUCAUCAGCUGGGCCUUGGAGUUGGACUCGUCUGAAGUCGUCAUCAGAAAUCUUCUUCUAAAAAGUUCUAGGUCUUCUCGAUUUAAGCUUUUCUUCCGACUUAUCCUGUUUAUCCAGACUCUAGCUUACCUUGAAACCAGCAUUUAUACCUGAGGAAUCAUCUUUUGGGAACCAUUUAGCUUUGGAACUUCUCUCUGAGCAGUUCCAUUCGUUCUCCAGAUAAGCCUAUUUAUGACCGAUAUUGAAUUUACAUCACUCUGCCAAAGCAUGAUGAUGGAACUGCAGCGGACUGUGGAUAACGAGAAGGCACCCCCUUCGCAAUCCAUCUUGGGUAUCAUGAAAAACUUCAUCGAUUCCGUCAACGAGAUGGACGAAACUGUUUUGAUCCCAAGUCGCCUGAUGGACAUCAAUAUGGACAACUGCCAUUCGAUGCUCAUGGACAACGACGACUCGUCAGCGAUGUCGGUGAUUUCGACGUCGACCAGCGCUUCGUCGCCGAAUGUCCCCAGUGACCAGGUCAGCUUGCAUACAUACUACUCGAUGUUGAAGGCGGUGAAGAGGGAACUGGCUCGUGGUCCCGUUGAGGAGAGCGAGCUGAGCGAACUCGAGGAUGAAACCUUGGAUAAGGAGAGUGCGAGGUUACAAGCGCAGACCGCCCGGGCCUUCCGGGAACAUCUUCGUGGACUAUUCUCUAUCCUUUCCCAUCUCACGAACGUUUCUAAGAAUCUGAUGACGGUAUACCAACAAGAAACUGGAGACCAGCAGUCUUGCCUGAAACCAAAAUCGUUCCAUGUCUAGUUUGACUCAAGAAAAAGAAGGAAAAAACUUUAAACUCAAACUGUCAAAGACUUCUCUCUGAAGGAACUUGAUAAAAAAAAACUGAAGGGAUUUGUCAAGUUUAUCAACAACAAAGAAGUGCCCCGUGAAGAGGUUUUCUCCACUUCAUUGAUAAUUUCUCGAGAAAUACUAUUUUGUGGAAAUUUUGUGAAAGAACACAAGGGCCGCAAAAGCUCAGUUUACAGUUUGCAUAAGAAAUUAUGAUUAAUGUAGUGUAUUUCUAACUGAAUCUUAUUUAUUGAUUUUGUAUCAUGAUGAUGUAGCCUUAUUUUCACAGUCUCAAGAUUUUACAAUUUGUCAAUAUUGCGUUUAAGAAAACGUUGAACGUUUUGAUUGACGUAAGUUAGUAAUAGUUUCUGUUCUAUUGACAAAUUCGACUUUCUUUGCACCUUUCGAAAACUAGGUCGAGGUGAUUUAUAUUUCAAGUCAAUUGUUAUGAGAAAUUGAGAUAAUACAAUCUAAAUUCAUAACCAACUCUUACUCUAGUCUUAGCAAGAUGGGUUAUUAACCUAAAUACCACAGUAAAGCACGUCUGUGUAAAAGUGCAAUUCCUGUGAUAUGAAAUAACCAAACUGAAUUAGAGUCUAGUAUCAAUUUUCUGUUUGUGCUCCGUAAAUUACGAGUCCGAGUUUUGUAGGCCCUAUACUUAUAGUUUCUGAAUUUGAAGUACAUGACUUGUAGUCAAUUUAAUUUUAAGACUGACCAAGUAUUCUGUCAAUUAUUAGGGUUUUUAUCUCCUGAUUGUCGUUACAAUAGAAAUCCCAUUUUCUGGAAGCCACAAAUAAUUAUGCAAUACUCGACCAUUCAUGUGCACCACGCGCUUAGUGCGUGCCUGGCUUGUUUACGUCUAUUGACUCAUUUGCGAACAAUGUUUCUAUACAUUGUACAUGCACUUGACGUCUAGCAGCCGACAUGCAUAUCCAUCGAUCUUAUUGUUGCGCAAGCGCAGUUGAUUAUCAUACAAUCCAGGGAGUUUCCGAAAGCAGUGCUACAUGCUGAGUAUCCCGCUCCUCUGAAAUAUGGAAAAUAUGUUGAUGAGGGAGGGACCAAAGGGGACAAAAGCGUGUUUAUUUCUGUAAUUGACCGUAUUGCAUUUGCUCCCACCAGAAACAAAAACAAUGUCCCAAGUUUGUUGGUGCAAUGGCGAUAGAUUAUCAUGAAUUUGAGCACAGUAAAGUUGUCUUCCAAAUUCAGUACUAAAGUAUGUGCGAUACAAAAAAUGCAUCCAUAGAGAUGUAUAUAGCCUAAUACAUCUCUAUGAUUGCAUCAUUACCUUCGCCUAUGCUUGUACAUGUAAUAUUCAAGGAGUCGUGGUUGACAUAUUUUUUGUUCUUGCCAUAAAUUUGGCGAAGUCCCUCUGUAUGACUGAUGUUAUGUGAAUUAAUUAUCACAUGUGGUAUGUUGGUAUACAAUCUCUUCAGCAUUUAAAUGUGAUGUGUAAUAUAUACCUCUUACUUUGUAUCUGUCUUGAUGAUUUAGUGAAGGGUUGAUUUACCAAUCAUCUGACUGUGUGUGAUAAAAACAGACAUAGUACAGUAUAUUGUUUAUGUGAGAGGUGUAGUGGUUUGAUUUUUAUAUAGUGGGUUUGGGGUCCGAAUCUGAAAUCAACUAUGAAACGUUCCUAAGUUUUUUUUCUUUUCCUAAACCAUCCAUGUUUUGAGCAUGGUGCCUGCAAGAUUUGGUAUGAAAUAUCGAUUUACAUCUGGAAUUAUUUUGAUAUAUUUUCCGGGCAAAUAUGCCCCAAUUUGGUAAAAUGAUAUUGUUUGCCAUUAUUAUGAUGCUAGUUAUACUUUCGUUACCAUUAUUAUGAUUUUUUAUUAUUAUUAUCAAUGUUAUUACAUUAUCAUUGCGAUAUAACUGGGGCUGUCAUUGUGAAACACGAAAAUGUAUAUUGUUUGGUGAGACGUCACACAUUUUUAAUUAUUGAAAUGUUUGUCAUUGCCACCAUGUUGAUGACUUUUGUAAACACCAACAAUUAGGAAUGCAGGGUCUUGCUAAUUAUGAUUUAUAUGUAUACAGAAAAAAAAUAUUAUUGCCAUGUAUGUCAUUUUGUAUUUCGGAAAUGUGGAAAUGAAUGUGACCAUACCCGAAUGCAAGUUUUAUGCAAAUGUGGUUGCUUAUGACUGUACAAAAUGGUUACGUACAUGAUUCUUUUCAAACAUUUUCGUUCCAAUUUCGUAUGAUUUCAUCAUGAUUUAUGACCUCGAAAAUAAAAUGUAUAAUGUAUAUAAUGAAGUUUGAGGACAUGAAAUUGAUAUAUUUUGUGCAUAUGGCAACUCGUUGACAUGCAUGUUUAGUGCAACAAAUCGAAAGAAAAUGAGAAUAAUGAAUAAAAUGUAUUUUAUAUCUGAUGAAAA